AUGGGUAUUUUUUUUUUNUAUAUAAAGAUGGAAUCAUUAGAAUAAUCAAUUUUCCAUCAGCAUUUAAAUAAAUCAACUUAACAAGAUUUUCUAUCUAUUUCUUCUGCACAAUCUUUUUAAUAAUAAAAAUGCUCUUCUUAAACUAAUUUCAGAAGAAAUUCAGCAAUUGUACCUAAAUAACAAUCAAAAUGGAAUAAUUCAACCAAAGCUGAUAAAUUUAAAAAUAAUUGUUUCUCCAAUAAAUAAUCAAAAAGUCCAUUUUUAAAAGUCUAAAAUCAAAAGGUUUCCAUUAAUAAACCAAAAUUGUAGCAAAUUAAUCAAAAUAUCUCUUCUCCUUAAAAAGUGCCAACCCAAAAAAAAUAACAACUAACUUAAUAGAAUAGAUCAACUGUAUAGAAAGUAAGAUCUUUUCAUAUAACUCCUGAAAAAAUCAAUGAUUGCAUUUAUGACGAAAGAUUUUAUAAAUGA